AAAAAUUGACACACAAUCACUCACUCUCUGACAACUCUCUGUCCUCAGCAGCAUACUCUCUGCCAAAACCCCUCAGCUCUCACUCUCUUUCCCCCCUCCUUUUCUUCCCUCCUCUUGUCAGAUGUCCUCUUCUUCUGACAAUCUCUCUCUUUCUCUCUCCAUUUUCUCUAAUAUCCAGUACUUAUUACUAGACCUAUACACUACUAUAACUAUUUUCAUUUCUCUCAACCAUUUUUCUCAUUUUCUUUUCCAUUAAAUUUCCCCCCUUUUAUAUCUUCUUCAACAACUUUCAUACAAAAUUUACCAACAAAAUGAACCUUUUUUCACCCUCUUUCUCUACUUCUUCAGAUUUUGAUCAGAAAAGCAAAGAUGUGAAGGACAGGUGGAAAUUAAAUUCUGAAAAACAGAGGAAAGAAGAAAAAACAGGGGAAAAUGAGGAUGAAUCACAACCGUUGAUUAAUCUUUGUCUUGGUAUUGGUGAUGGUGGUGGGUCCAGUUACUUCUGCAGUAAAAAAACUGAUGACAGAGAAAAAGACAAUAACUUUGACAGAAUUGUGAUGGUGGAAGAUGAAGAAGAGGAAGAAGGAGAAGAAGAAGAUGAUGAUGAUGAUCAAGUAGUGGAGUGCAGGAAUUACUCAGUGGUCAGGUUUACAGAGGAACAGCUGGAUGAACUUAAAAGACAAUUUUUAAUAUUUAAGUAUAUGAUUUGGGGUUUACCUGUUCCUUUACAACUUCUUCUUCCUAUUUGGAGAAGUUUUUCAUCUUCUUUUGUUCCUCAUCAUUUGGACAAUCUCUACACAAGAUCAUCCCCUUUUUUGCUAGCAUUUUUCCGUGAGGGUUCUGAUUACCGGCAGGUGAUGGAUCCAGAGCCUGGGAGAUGCAGGAGGACUGAUGGCAAGAAAUGGAGGUGCCAUCAAUCUGUGAUUCCUAAUGAGAAAUACUGCGGGAAGCACAUGCAUCGAGGUAGUAAGCGUUCAAGAAAGCUCGUGGAAGCCUCUCCAAAUUUUCGAACCCCCAACUUCAUCAACUUAAAUCGAAACAAUAAUCUGAGCAGUGACAUCAGGCCACAUUUCCCGGCAAAUCUAAAUAAGAAUGGGCCAACUACGGUAGUGAUGAGAGCUCCAGCUAUGACCGAUAAGACUGCAAUGAGCAAUGAUAAUGACAAGCAAAAGAAUGUGUCAAAGCAUGAGAUUGUUGCAAAGGAGAAGACUGUUGUCAUCAACUUAGCCUCAGGAUUGGAUUUCUCACCCAAAAGUGUUCUUCAAAAUGAUCCAAGUAUGCCGUGUCCAAAAAUCGAAAAUUGCAAGACCAACCAAGAAACUGAAUUAAGGUGUAAGAGAACCGAUGGUAAAAAGUGGCGAUGCAAGAAGGAAGUUCUUCCGGAUCAAAAGUACUGUGCACAACACAUCAACAGAGGCAAAGUCCGCUUAGAGAAGCCUUCGUUGGGUUCAUCCUCAACCCCAGAACCCCAAGCCAAAGUGAGCUUGGGCCUCGAUACCAAUCUGAAGAUUUCGCUUCCCACAAGGCCAGCUGAUGGAAGGAACAUGAUUGAAGAUAGUGUGGCUCGAAAUGGUAGCAGUUGCUCCAGCUCCGAGGCUACUGAAAGUGAUGAGAGUGCUGAUUUUUCAGACAUAAUUGUCCUUUCUCCUUGAGUAUUUUGAAGGGGUUGUUUAUGGAUAGCUAAGUAGAGCUCAACAGUCAUGGUUUUUGUAACUGAAAAUAAUGUAUAUAUGCAGUAAUCAGUAUACUUCUAUAUGGUAGCAGACUAGCAGGUCACAAUAGUUGGGUUUACCUUCAACAUUCUGUAGACUUGUAGGGGUACUUGAACCUGAAAUUGCAUCAUUUUGGUGAAGCCUUUCUUUUCAGAUUCUAAUUAAAGUGUUUUUAAAAAACCUCUGCUGAUACAAUACGAGCAUUUUUUCCUUCAUAAAUGUCUAAUAUUUUCUCCGUUUUUUAAUAGAUGUUCUAUUUUGACUUUUAUAUUAUUUAUAUAUUUUACUUUGAUCA